CCGAAACUGACGAAGAAGAAAACGUCACCAGGAACAGGAAGUAGCGUAGCUGCUGCUGCUGCUAAAGGCCUUCAGCAUGGCGGGCCGACGGGCUCUGAAGGCGGUGCUCAUUGACCUGAGUGGAACUCUACAUGUAGAGGACAUGGCGGUACCUGGAGCUCAGGAAGCCCUCAACAGGUUACGACAGGCGUCUGUAGCUGUGAAGUUUGUCACCAACACAACCAAGGAGAGUAAGAGGAACCUUCUGGAACGACUGCAGCACCUCAACUUUGACCUGCAGGAAAACGAGAUCUUCACGUCUCUGAGUGCAGCGAGGAGUCUGCUGGAGCAGAAACAACACCGACCGCUGCUGCUGGUGGAGGACAGCGCUCUGGAAGACUUCACCGGUAUCGACACGUCAGAGCCGAACGCUGUCGUCAUCGGACUCGCUCCUGAUCACUUCAACUACCAGACACUCAACAAGGCUUUCAGAAUGAUCGUGGACGGAGCUCCUCUCAUCGCCAUCCAUAAGGCUCGCUACUACCGACGUAAGGACGGUUUGGCCCUCGGACCCGGACCGUUUGUGACCGGCCUGGAGUACGCCACCGACUGUAGAGCUACUGUAGUGGGAAAACCUGAAAAGACGUUUUUUGCUCAGGCUCUGUCUGAUCUGGGAUGUAGCCCCAGUGAAGCUGUCAUGAUAGGAGACGACGCCAGGGAUGAUGUAGGCGGAGCUCAGAAUGCAGGAAUGUUGGGUAUUCUGGUCAGAACCGGUAAAUACAGAGAAGGAGAUGAGAAUAAAAUCAGCCCACCUCCCCACCUGACAUGUGACAGUUUCCCAGAUGCUGUUGAACACAUCCUGCAGAACCUGCUAUGAGCUACAAGUAACAACAAACCACCAGAGCUUCAUUUGCUCCUGGAAUGUUUCAUUUACACAAGUCGUGUGUUAACAACAUAGAGAAGGAAGUUCCAGAAAUCACUGUCCUCAUCCCAAACAUGUUGAUUAAGGUCAGAUCCAGGGGUGGAUCCAGAUUAAUUUCAGUAGGGGGGCACAGGGGGGUACAACAGAUCUUUUGGGGGGGUCACCGAAAAGUUGUAAGAAUAAAUGAAAGCUGCUCUCGCUUGCACAAAGUAUUUUUCAUGGUUUUUUUGGCUCUUUAACCCAACAGGAAAGCUGUACAUGACCUUUUCAUUUUGGACUGUUAACAUUCAAAUUAUGAUGGACUUGUUUCCUUGUUUAUGUGAAUUACAGCAUCAUUAGCUGCAACAUCUGCCUGUUAUGUAAAACUGGUAGCUCAACGACAGCAUCCUGAGGGCAAUUAAGUGACAAAUAUUGUGCAAGAACAGCACUAUUACAACCCUGUCAAUUUCCACUUCUUAGAAUGUUUACUGCCAAUUAUCACACAUAAAACAAGAAAUAAUAUUCUGUACUUUUAGCAACCAGUUCUCAGCUGUAAACCAUAAACAUCACAGGGUUCUGUAUGCUAAUCAGUCUAAAUCAGAAUGAGUACUACCCAAUACACAGUGAACAAUAACAAUCUUUACCCUUGAUCUGUGGUAAAAUAAUCUGAAACAUUCUGUGCAGUAAUGUAAAUUUCAAAAUACAAUAAAAUACAGUAAGUAGCACUCUAUAUAUUUAAUAGGAAACCUGAGAACAAUAAUAAACAGUAACAAUAUUCCAUAUUCUUAAGUCAUUUAAUAGUGCACAGCUCAGCAAACAUCAUAGUGUUCUGCAUAGAAAUCAGAAAAAGCUGCUCUCAAUAAUCUUUCACAGUGAGCAACAUUAUUUAGUCUUAAUAAGUACCUCAUGCUCAGCUCUGGUUCUGAAGCAUUUUAGUGCUGUGCAAAGUAAUCAGUCUAGUGCAACUUCAAGUUCUCUCUUUUUUUUUUUUUUUUUAGAGGCAAAACCACUUCAAAACAACUGUAUUUUGUGAUUUCCAUGUGGGCUAGUAAACAACCUGAUGAACUCAUCCAUAUCCAAGGCCUUGGCUCUGUUGGACUCCACACUGAGCACCCCGAGGUCACUCAGUCUGUCAUUGUUCAUGGUGGUGCACAAGUGAUUUUUUAUUAGUUUCAGUGCUGAAAAGCUACGUUCACAAGCAGCUGUGCUUACAGGUAGGGUAACUGCAAUUCUGCACAGUCUGAAGAGUUCAAAAAGACUUCACUGAAUGCUUCCAAGAAAACUGUGAACUCAAGCAAACUGGUGAGAUCCUUCAUUCCACUUGCCUUCUUUCUAUCCAAGAUCCGUUUGGCUUGAUGUAGCUCGUGCUUAAAUUACUGAAGAAAUCUGACAUAAAAACCUGUAAACUCUCAGGCAGCUUUUGUUAAAGUUUGUCUAUAAUUCUGUCAUCAUGUUCUGGAACCAGGACUCUGCAGAAGUUCCUUCAAUCAGAUACUUGUUUGAGUCCUAAUCUAUGCCUGAGUGUUUGCUUUUUUACACCGCUGUUAAGUUUUUAAACCAAGCUAAAUUUCAUGUUUUGAUCAUUAUCAAGUGAGAAACCUCAAUCCAGACUCCUCAUAAUGACGUUUGAGAUUUAUGCUGCUGUUAUUUGUUUAGUCCAGACUAAAUGACAGAAAUCCACAACUGUAAUUUUAUUUCAGGACUUGGUUAUUAAAUGUUAAAACAAUCCAUGUGACUUUAAAAACUCAACAGCUUUACAAACUCUAAGAUUAAACUCUCCACAAGGAUCCAAAAUAAGUUUACUUCUACAUGAGAGCUUUAAUUAUUCUUCAUCUACUUCCUGAAAAGUUUGGUCAAUAAAAAAGACAAAAACUGUUAUUUUCAGCUGAACUAAAGACAGACUUUGUGAUUUUUCUGCUCACAUGUUGUGUUGUUGUAAACUUCCUCUUUCAAAUAAAUAACCUCCUAACCCCCUGGAAA